AUGGGGAAGAUCACCUUCUAUGAGGACCGCGGCUUCCAGGGCCGCCACUAUGAGUGCAGCAGCGACCACUCCAAUCUGCAGCCCUACUUCAGCCGCUGCAACUCUGUGCGCGUGGACAGUGGCUGCUGGAUGCUCUAUGAGCAGCCCAACUUCGGAGGCUGCCAGUACUUCCUGAGGCGUGGGGACUACCCCGACUACCAGCAGUGGAUGGGAUUCAGCGACUCCAUCCGCUCCUGCCGCCUCAUCCCCCACCAGAAGGGCUCUCACAGGAUCAGGAUCUACGAGCGAGAGGACUACAGAGGCCAGAUGGUGGAGAUCACCGACGACUGCUCCCACCUCCAGGACCGCUUCCACUUCAGUGACUUCCACUCCUUCCACGUGCUGGAGGGCUACUGGGUCCUCUAUGAGAUGCCCAACUACCGGGGGCGUCAGUACCUGCUGAGGCCCGGGGAAUACAGGCGCUACCACGACUGGGGCGCCAUGAAUGCCAGGGUGGGCUCCCUGAGGAGAAUCAUGGAUUUCUAUUGA